UUUUCCCUUCAAUUUGUUUGACAUGGUUGAUGCAUGACAUCGGCACCACUCGACUGUCAACACCAAAUCAGGACCAGUCAAACUAAUCUUGCUUGUUGUUGGUGGCCAACCAAAAUGCCGCCGCUAAAACUGCUCGCAUCCGCAUACUCGUGCCCGCCGUCGCCCCCGCCGUCCGCCAAGCUGUGCACGGACUGUGCGCGUAACGUGACGCAGUUCCAUCGAGCUGCGGCAGGCAUUGUCGAGGUUUGCGGCUCCGCAUCCGUUUGUGGCCCGUCCUCGCUUAGCGGCAGUAGCGCCGCCGUGUUCGUGUCGAGCGCGGCUGCUCCUCCGGACGACUGGGGCACCAGUCCGCUGUUCUAUAGUGUGCAGUACCGCCACGCAGAGUGCUUGAACCUGCUGCUCCACCGGCCAGAGUGGGCGCGCGGGCAAGUCGAGCACGGCGACUCGGACGGGUCGACACCGCUGAUGGUGGCCGCCCGCCGGGGCACCGUCGCCUGCGUCUCCACCCUGCUCCAGCACGGCGCUGCGCUGGAGACGCGAGACAGCCGUGGGCUCAACGCAGUGCACCACGCAGCCACGCGUGGCAAGGCCGAGGUCCUCGAGGUCCUGCUGCACCACGCCCUGUCGGCGUUAGCACGUCUCCUCGACAAUUUAGGUAACAGCGCACUCGCGGAAAACGUCGUCUGCCGCGAGCAACUCCAGCAAGAGGCGUUGCUGCAAGCAGGUCAAUCGAGUCUUCCUGACGUGGCACAGGCCAUUGCGUUUCAUGCGGAAUUCCCGCUUGCUGACGACGCGGCGCUUGAGCUUCUUCGAUCGGGCGCCGCAUCCCCAACACUGUCCCUUGCACGCGCUUCUCGCACCAACAUGUGUGGAGUACAAGAUGGGCACUCGGUGUUUGCCAGCAAAUCGUCGUCAUCAUCAUCAUCAUCAUCAUCAACGCUCAAACGACAGCAGGCCGUUUUUCACACCUUGUACCUCGCCGAUGCGCGGUGUGCUCAGGGGAAAACCCCGCUCAUGUAUGCAGCAUCGUUUGGUCGGGAGCACGCAUGUCAGGUAUUAUUGCAACGGCAUGCCAGCGUUGAGCUGGUCGACAAAGAUGGCAACACUGCAGCGCACUACGCCGCCCGCGCCGGAAAGCUUGGCUGCGUCGUGCUUCUCGCGCAAUUUGGUGGCUCGGUGCAUGCGCCCAACCUCCAAGGCGAGACUCCACUCCAGCUGCUCGAGUCGCACGGCAUAUCCGUCUAUAUGCCCCCCGUUUCGAGUCCGCACCUUAACAAGAACGCUGCUGCUGCUGCUGCUGCCGCUGACACUCCCGAUUCGCCUGCAGUUGCUCCAUUCCAGACAGGCGCACCACACCAACAACCUGCUGCUGUUCUGGUGCCUGAACUGCGGCGUAGAAUAUCCUCGCUGCGCCGACUCUGCUGGAGUUCGAUUGUGUCCCACCACCUUCCCGUCUCGCUCGAUGUCACACGCACGAUCGUUGUUGGCAUUCUUGAGCAAUGAUGUUUUGGACGGGGGUUGCCGACCGAGCAGAAGAGCUCGGGCACGCGUACAUGUAGAUCAUCAAAAUUGUUCCCCGUUGUGAAUGUUUUCAAGAGUUUUUCUUAACAAGUGCUCUGAGCGCUGCAGUCCA